AUGUCGUACGGUGUGGUGAAGCCAUUGAUGAACAGUGAUGCUGCUACUGAAUUUGGUCAUCAAAUAAGACGAGUGACCUUAGAGCAACAAAGUGAAAUCAGGAUCCAAGUGGAUCGGGUUUCGCCUCUCAAACUCCGUGUGAUCGAUGGUAAAGUUGAGAUUUUUGGUUCCGAGCUUCCACAAAAAGUCUGGCUCACGCUUCCUCCUCUACUACAGUUAGCCGUUUUCACUUGGUACGGUGCAACUAUAGAAAUUGCUGGCGUCACAAAAACUGAUACAUCAAAUAAGACACCUAUGGUCGACUAUCGAAGAGUGAACUACUCUCUACACGCAGAAAGACGAUAUAGUGUUGCUUCAUCUUCACAGGGACCUAGGGUCAUCAUCGUAGGAGCUAUUGACUCUGGGAAGAGCGCAUUGGCUAAGAUGCUUCUUAGUUGGGCGGCUAAAGAUGGUUGGGAACCGACAAUUGUUGACCUUAAUGUCGGUCAAAGCUCGAGAACCAUACCAGGAACCAUUGCUGCCACUUCUAUCAAAAUGCCUGUGGAUCCUGUUGAAGGGUCUCCUCUUGAUAAGGCUCUUGUGCACUACUUUGGUCACACUACACCACGUACCAACCUUAGGCUGUACAAAGCCCUUGUUGAAAAGCUUGCUCAAGAAUUAGAAGAAGAGUUUACUGAAAACGCCAAAUCUCGAGCUUCUGGUAUGGUGAUUGACACAAUGGGAUGGAUCGAUGGUAUCGGUUAUACGCUCCUUGUCCAUGCAAUAAGGAAGUUUAAUGCAUCUUUAGUUAUUGUCCUUGGUCAGGAACCAAAACUGGUUAAUGAUCUGAACAAAGAUUUAAGAUUCAAGAAAAAUGUACAAAUCUUGAAUCUUGAGAAGUCAGCUGGAGUUUUUUCUAGGGGCUCUGAUUUUCGCAGAACCUUAAGAAACAACAACAUUCAUAAGUACUAUUAUGGAGCCACCAAGGAUCUCACGGUCUACAUGAAAACCGCCAAGUUCAGUGAUGUUCAAGUAUAUCAGAUUGGUAACUUGCAAGAGAGGUCUGCUCUACAAAGAGGAAAUAAUAAUAACCCUUUGAAGAUCACACCAGUGAAAAUCGACAAAGAUCUUGUGAAUAAAGUUCGUGCAAUCUCAUACGCCAAACAACCUCACCAGAUCAUCUCAAGAAUUGUUGCUGGAUUUGUAUGUAUCAAAAAUGUUGAUCUUGGUGAAGAGAGAAUUACAUAUAGAUCUCCAUCAGCUACUGAAUUACCAAGCAAGAACUUAAUCAUGGGAACUUUGACAUGGAAUGAAAAUUGA